AAUAACAUCCACUACAUUGACAGUCUUGAGUGCGGAGAAGCGCCAAUUUGGGAAUUACACUUGCAAAGCCGGGAACAAGUUUGGGUUCGCGGAAGCUGAUGUCAUGUUCUCAGCACUCCGACGACUGCAUUGCGUAAUUUUACUCGAACUCGUGAAGUCAAACCAUCGUCCCUGUGUGCCCGCCAGCCUGCAAGUGGAGUUCACUGCAAAGUCGUGGAGAACCAAGAACACCAGCUCCGCAGCGGGGGGCCGCGUUGGCAUGGAUAAUCACGCGUUUAAUAGAUACCGGCAUCUUUUAGAGACCGGCAAUUAUUUCCAGUGGCAGUUGUUGCUGGGUAAUAAGAGGAGAAGAGAAAAAGAGGAAUCAGGCCAAGGUACUCCGUCGUCAUCAGCGAAGUGCAGCAAUAAUAAUGUCGCAGCAGCUGGGCGAGAACCACUGAGGCAGUUGCGCACCCAG